AUGCAAUCAAUUAGGAUAGAACUCACAUCAAAAAUAACAGCUUGUUUGAGGAAUGAAUGCGAAAGGAAGUCCGAAGGCGACGGAUACCGAGGCUCACGUGUACGAUACGACGAAGAGACGCGCGGUGUAGACGCGAAUCCAUGGCUCAAGGUAGGUCGACUGCCCGCUCCAUGUCCCGCGGAUGCCCGCAACGGUCUGAACUAUGUGAGUAGUAUCGAA